AUGGCUCGUUUUACUCGCCUACUUGCCUUCUUCAUCCAGAUACAACUCUACUCACUAGCCACAUCUACCUCCCACGGCCAUGGUAACACAUCAGCUGCUUUUUACUGCCGUCCAGACCAGGCUGCAGCACUUCUCCAACUAAAGCAGUCCUUCAUCUUCGACUACUCCACUACCACCCUGCCGUCGUGGCAACCUGGUACCGACUGCUGCCUCUGGGAGGGCAUCGGCUGCCAUGGUGUAUCUGGCAGCCGCAACAGCAGCAGUGUCACAGUUCUUGACCUCGGCGGCGGUGGCCUCUACAGCUAUGGCUGCCAUGCCGCGCUCUUCAACCUCACCUCCCUACGCUACCUCGACCUCAGCAUGAACGAUUUUGGUGGAUCUCGCAUUCCGGCAGAUGGCUUCGAGAGGCUAUCCAAGCUCACUCACCUCAACCUUUCUUAUUCAGGCUUCUACGGUCAGAUUCCUAUCGCCAUCGGCAAACUCACAAGCCUCGUAUCAUUGGACCUUUCUUCAGUGCAUAAUAUUGAAUCAGCUGAAAUCACAAAUCUUUAUGCUAUCAUGGAUGGCUACAACCUUUUGGUGUUACGAGAGCCCAGCUUUGAGACCUUACUGGCAAACCUCAACAAUCUGAGGGAGUUGUACCUUGAUGGAGUGGACAUAUCUAGUAGCGGAGAGGAGUGGAGCAGUGCUCUAGGUAAAGCUGUCCCCCGUCUUCAGGUUCUUAGCAUGGCGUACUGCAAACUCAAUGGUCCAAUCCACUCUUCUCUGUCAAGUCUUAGAUCCCUUACUGUGGUCAACCUCAAGCUUAAUGAUGGAAUUUCUGGUGCGGUACCUGAAUUCUUCACGGACUUUCUCAAUUUAAGUGUUCUUCAACUCAGCUAUAACAACUUCAGUGGUUGGUUUCCUCAGACAAUAUUUCAACUCAAGAAUAUAAGAGUCCUUGAUGUGUCACACAACGAACAACUGUCAGGGCAUUUACCAGAAUUUCCAAGUGGGGCUUCUUUGGAGACUUUGAAUCUACAGUACACUAAUUUCUCUGGUGUCAGGCUGAGCUCUUUUAGCAAUCUUCUGUCUCUGAGUGAGCUAGGUCUUGAAGGAGGGUCAAUUUCUAUGGAGCCGAAUGAUUUAUUUCUCAACAAGCUCAACUCCUUGCAAAAUUUGCAGCUCUCUUUUGCUCAAUUUUCGGGAGAGUUAGCACCAUUUUUCUCAUGGAUUAGUAGCCUUAAGAACUUGACAAGCUUGCAACUCUCUGAUUGCUAUUCCUCCAAGAUAAUGCCCCCUUUGAUUGGCAACCUCACCAACUUGACAAGUUUGGAGAUGACUUUCUGUGGUUUCUUUGGGCAAAUAUCACCAUCAAUUGGGAACCUCAACAAGUUGACUUCCUUGAGAAUCUCUGAUUGUGCCUUCUCUGGGACAAUACCAUCUUCAAUUGGCAAUCUAAAGAAACUAAGAAGAUUGGAAAUUUCUUAUAGUGAAUUAUCAGGUCCAUUAACAACAGAUUUUGGACAUCUCAGCAAUUUGACGGUAUUAGUACUAACAGGCUGCAGGUUUUCUGGCAGAACACCAAGUACAAUUGUGAACUUGACUCAGCUGAUUUAUCUGGAUCUUUCGCAGAAUGAUCUCAGAGGAGAGAUUCCAACAUAUCUAUUCACUUUGCCAGCCAUGUUACAGUUGGAGCUUUCAUCAAACCAGCUUUCUGGACCAAUACAAGAGUUUGAUACUCUAUAUUCACAUAUGAUAAUUGUUUCUUUGGGUCAAAAUCAAAUUAGCGGACAGAUUCCUGGAUCAUUCUUUCAACUCACAAGUUUGAUAGAGCUGGAUCUUAGCUCGAACAACUUAACAGGUUUGGUAGAACUGAAUUCACUUUGGAAGUUACGAAAGCUUUAUUUCUUGGAUCUAUCAAACAACAGGUUAUCCGUCUUGGAUGGAGAAGGCAAUAAAUCAACAGUGCCCUUACUACCUAAGCUCUCAAUAUUAGUACUGGUGUCUUGCAACUUGACAACAAUGCCUAGAUUCUUGAUGCAUAUCAACCAUAUCCAUACACUGGACCUUUCGAACAACAUAAUGCAGGGUACUAUACCCCAAUGGAUAUGGGAGACGUGGGAUGAUAGCCUUACACAAUUAGAUCUUUCAAACAACAUGUUCACACAUAUGCAACUCACUUCAUAUCUACUCCCAUACAGUCGUUUGGAUUCUCUUGAUCUCAGCUCCAAUAGACUUCAAGGCCAGGCCCCGAUGCCAAAUCUGUUGAAAGCAGUGGAUUACUCAAACAAUAGAUUCUCUUCUAUUAUGCCAAAUUUCACUGCUUAUCUUUCGCAAACUGUGUAUCUCAAGUUGUCAAAAAAUAACAUAAGUGGGCAUAUACCGGAUUCAGUUUGUGAUGCAAGCAACCUCAAAGUCCUUGACUUGUCAUACAACAACUUCAGUGGGUUAAUACUCUCCUGCCUGAUAGAAGGUAGAAGCUUGGUCGUAUUAAAUUUGAGGGAGAAUCAUUUUAAGGGAACAUUGUCUGAUAAUGUUAGUGACCACUGUAAUCUCCAGACAAUAGAUUUACAUGGCAACAAUAUUCAAGGGCAGCUUCCUAGGUCUCUUUCCAACUGCGCUGGCUUGGGGAUUCUUGACAUUGGAAACAAUCGGAUGGUUGGUACUUUCCCAUUUUGGCUGGGUAGGCUCUCUGAUCUUCGUAUCAUCGUUCUGGGAUCCAACCUGUUCUAUGGCUCGCUUACUUAUCCUGCCAGAGAUAGAAAAUCCAGGGAAUACUUCUCAAAGUUACAAAUCAUUGAUAUAGCUUCAAACAAUUUCUCUGGCAAUUUGGACCCACAAUGGUUUGAGAGGUUCGCAUCUAUGAUGGCAAAGUUCAAUGACACGGGAAAUAUCUUAAGCCAUCAGACAGAUUAUAGAGACUACCAUGAUACUGUUGCAAUCACAUACAAAGGGCAAUAUGUGACUUUUGAAGAGGUCUUGACUACCUUAACCUCAAUUGACUUCUCAAAUAAUGCACUGGAGGGUGACAUUCCCGAAUCAGUUGGAAGUCUAGUUUCACUACACAUAUUGAACAUGUCCCACAAUGCAUUUAAAGGAAGGAUUCCAGCACAAAUUGGUGAGAUGCGUCAACUGGAAUCGCUAGACCUAUCAUGGAACAAGCUUUCUGGGGAGAUUCCACAAGAGCUAACAAAUUUAACAUUUCUUGGCACCCUGGACUUGUCUGGAAAUAGGCUGGAUGGAAGGAUACCACAGUCACGUCAGUUUGCAACAUUUGAGAUCAACUCAUAUGAAGGGAAUGCGGGGCUUUGUGGACCACCUUUGUCCAAGCCAUGUGGCGAUUCUAGUAAUCCAAAUGAGGCGCCAUUAAACACAUCCGGAGAUCAUGUGGACAUUGUUUUGUUUCUCUUUGUUGGGGUGGGCUUUGGCGUUGGAUUCACAGCAGGUAUUCUGAUGAAAUGGAGGGAAAUAGGCAAAUGGUUGCGGAUUGCGUGA